CAUAAAAAUACUAAAAUUAUAAAAUCGACCAAAAACUUUUUACAUACAAUUAAAUAAGUUCCAAAAAUAUGUCUCAAACUACAAAAACAAUAAACCAUGAAUGUCGCACCUGCUUUAAUGCGACCAAAGGUUGGAUUCCACUUUCAGCAAAGACACGAGAUUAUAAGAAACGUUUAAAAUCCUAUGCUGAACUUUUACAGGAUAUUACUAAUAUUAAUAUCAUGGAUAACAAAUCUGUGGAAUUACCACAAAUUAUUUGUGGUAAAUGUUCACGUCGCCUAAAAUCUGCCCAUAAUUUCAUACAACAAGCUGCUGAGGUCAAUGAACAACUUAAUGUUAUGUUAAAUGACCAAAAAUUUCAAUGUUUGCAAGAAACACAAAUCGAUGUGGAAACUUGUAUGGAAAUAAAAGAGGAACCAGAACUGACAAAGGCAAAUUUGGAAUGUUUAGAAGAGACUCCAAUCGAUUUAGAACCUUGUAUAGAAAUUAAGAUUGAAAAUGAAGCGAAUGAAAAAAGAAAGGAAACAUUUGAUUGUUCGAAGAAAAAACAAAUUCUUGGGAAAGUUGUCGUUGAAGUGUAUUCGGAAGAAGAAUGCAAGCGACAAGGGGUAAAACAGUGUAAUUCGAAUGAGACCAACAAAUUGGAAAAAAAAUCACAAAGAGCAGAAACAAUAAACGAAUCCGAUGUGGAAUCUCAGCAAUCUAAAGACUCUGAAUGGCAAGAAGAUAAUAUAAAAUUUAACAGAAAAAAGGUGCAAAAAGGUAUAAUAAAACCAAACGAAGAGCAAGACCCUGCAAAAAAGAACAACGAAUAUACAGAUGAUAUAGCUGUACCCUGUGAUAAAUGUAAUAAAAUUUUUAAAAAUUCCAAACUAUUGGCAGUACACCAAAGAAUAAGUCAUAUACCGGAAGAGAAAAAAUGCACAUGUAAGUUGUGUGGCAAUAAAUUUACUCGUUAUUGCAAUAUGUAUAAACAUAUGCGUACGUUUCAUGGUCCCGAAACGGUAACUUUAAUAAGCAAACGUCCGGAAGAGGAUUACAUAUAUAAAUGUGAUAAAUGUCACAAAAAAUAUUCACGAAAAAAGAGUUUAAUCUAUCACACAAAAUUAAAACAUUCUUUAAAUAAAGUUGAAGAAAAAACUGAAAGUAAUACAAAUAACAACAAAUCAUUGAAGUCAAUGGAUAAAGGAUCCUUAUGUCCCAUAUGUGGCAGUUCAUUUACUAGUAAAACUCAACUAACCGUACAUCUUAGACGUCAUACGGGUGAAAGGCCUUUUAAAUGUGAUUUAUGUGAACGCGCUUUUCUACUCGUAACACAACUCAAUAGUCAUAAACGUCUACAUACCGGUGAAAAACCCUAUAAGUGUCAGGUGUGUGAGAAAACUUUUCGAGUUUCCGAUGAUCUACGUCAACAUAUGCGUACGCAUACCAAUGAGAGACCUCAUAAAUGUUUGCAAUGUGAACGUAGUUUUAAACAUACACAGGAUUUAAAAAUUCACUUACGUUCGCAUACCGGUGAACGACCGUAUGUUUGUGCAGUUUGUGGUGAUAGUUUUCAACGUUAUAAUACAUUGAGAGCACAUCGUUUAAGAAUGGGCCAUGUGGAGCAUUUAAGAGAUAACAAUAGUAAAAAAAAUAUUGUAAAUAAUAAAAUUGUUGCCAUGACUUUAAAGCACUCACAUUUGUUGACAAAUAAUUAUUUUACGUAUUUGUAA